CGGCUUUGUAAAGAUGGCAGCCUCCACGAAGACAGAUAUUCGUUCUGCAUUAACAAAUCACGGUGGCUGGACAAGUUUAUUAACGUUUUGUAUCCUGACACUGGCAUGGGUUGCAGGAUUUAGCUCUAGGCUUUUUGCUGUGAUACGUUUCGAAAGCAUCAUACAUGAAUUCGAUCCAUGGUUUAACUACAGAGCUACUCAUCAUAUGGUCACAAAUGGCUUCUAUAAUUUCUUGAACUGGUUCGACGAACGGGCAUGGUACCCAUUGGGAAGGAUAGUUGGUGGUACUGUGUACCCAGGAUUGAUGGUGACAUCUGGUGGGAUUCACUGGUUACUUCACACAUUAAACAUACCCGUUCACAUACGAGAUGUAUGUGUCUUUUUAGCACCUCUGUUUAGUGGUUUAACAGCAAUUGCCACAUACCUGUUUACCAAAGAACUGUGGAAUGGAGGUGCAGGAUUAUUAGCAGCGUGUUUUAUAGCUAUUGUUCCUGGCUAUAUCAGUAGGUCAGUGGCAGGUUCAUAUGACAAUGAAGGCAUUGCCAUCUUCGCUCUUAUGUUCACCUACUAUUUAUGGUUGAAAUCUGUGAAAACCGGCUCUGUAUUCUGGUCCGUGUGUACGUCGCUGUCUUAUUUCUACAUGGUCUCAGCAUGGGGUGGCUAUGUCUUCAUCAUCAACCUGAUCCCUCUACAUGUGUUCGUGCUACUACUCAUGGGAAGAUUCUCCCAACGUGUGUACGUCGCGUACUCUGUAUUCUACAUCGUCGGCCUGAUCCUGUCUAUGCAGAUUCCAUUUGUAGGCUUUCAGCCAAUCAGGACCAGCGAACACAUGGCGGCAGCAGGUGUGUUUGCGCUGAUCAAUGCCUACGGUGCUGUUCAGUACAUCCAGACGUUCCUUUCUAAGAAGGAGUUCAAGACGUUCUUCUUUGUUGCCAUCGUGUCAUCAGCUGGAUUGGUGUUUGUGUCCGUGGUUGGACUAACCUACUUAGGCUAUAUUGCGCCGUGGAGCGGGAGGUUCUACUCGCUCUGGGACACCGGCUAUGCGAAGAUCCACAUUCCAAUCAUUGCGUCAGUAUCAGAACAUCAGCCGACACCGUGGUUCUCGUUCUUCUUCGAUCUACACCUGCUCAUCUGCACGUUCCCCGCUGGAUUGUGGUUCUGCAUCAAGAACGUCACUGACGAGAGAGUGUUCAUUGCUCUGUAUGCAGUCAGCGCCACCUACUUUGCGGGUGUGAUGGUUCGCCUCAUGCUUACGCUGACACCCUGUGUCUGUGUGCUGUCCGCGGUCGCCUUCAAUGUGACCUUCGAAAAAUAUCUCAAGGUCGAGGAAGAUGAGACAAAGAAGGUGGAGGAGGAUGAGGAUGCCGAGGACAGUGAUGAACCGGAGAAGAAUGACAAGAAGAAGUCUCUCUACGAUAAGGCGGGCAAGAUCAAGAAGUUUAAGCAAGAAGUGCCAAAGGAGUCUGAGGAUCUAGGCCUGAAUAUUCGCAGUCUGGUGAUGGUGUGCCUGAUGAUGAUGCUGAUGAUGUUUGCCGUACACUGCACGUGGGUGACGAGUAAUGCCUACUCCAGUCCCAGCAUCGUGCUUGCCUCCUACGCACAGGAUGGAUCACGCAACAUCAUAGAUGACUUUCGAGAGGCUUACUACUGGUUACGACAGAACACGGCAGAUGAUGCGACGGUGAUGUCGUGGUGGGACUACGGGUACCAGAUAGCAGGAAUGGCUAACAGAACCACACUCGUAGAUAACAAUACGUGGAACAACAGUCACAUAGCACUGGUGGGAAAAGCGAUGUCAUCGAACGAGACGGCUGCAUACUCGAUCAUGCAAUCUUUGGGAGUCGAUUAUGUUCUUGUCAUAUUCGGAGGCGUGAUUGGCUUCAGCGGUGAUGACAUCAACAAGUUCCUGUGGAUGGUGCGCAUUGCAGAGGGAGAACACCCAGCGGAGAUUAAGGAAAGUGACUAUUUCACACAGCAAGGGGAGUUCCGCGUUGAUGCCGCCGCCUCACCCAUCUUCAUGAAGAGCCUUAUGUACAAGAUGUGCUACUACCGCUUUGGCGAACUACAGUUGGACUACCGCUCGCCAGCCGGCUAUGAUCGUACGCGCAACGUGGAGAUCGGCGAUAAGAACGUAAAGUUGUCUGUCCUUGAAGAGGCGUACACGACACAGCACUGGCUCGUUAGAAUAUACAAGGUGAAAGACCUGAAUAAUAAAGUGAAAGUAACCGAGCCACACAUUGUUAGCAAGAAAAGAAAGUCAAGAUACAUUUCCAAGAAGACAAAGAAGAUACGGAAGGGAUCAAUUAAGAACAAGCCGACAAUCAUAAAGGGCAGGCAUCCAAGCAAGACGAGGAGCAAGAGCAGAGUCUAGCUGCACAGACUCGCCAUGUUUACACAGAGUACGAUAAGAUUUUUCCCAAUUUUCACAUUAUCUGAUUGCAUUGCGUGUCGUCGACUGUGUCAUCAUCGUGCGUGACUGCGUCUUGUGUGUGGUUUUUUUUUGAUACACGAAUCACUUGUUGCAACGUUCUGGAAGAAAAUAGUGGAAAUCUAUGGGAACGAAUAGGGUUUUUAAUGUUCAAUUUGAGCCUCAUGUAAACAUGGUAACUUUUAGUGGUCUCACUUGGAAUUUAUUAUAUCCACCAAUUAGAUGGGUAGAUCUGUUCCUGGUUAUACUAACAUCCUCUCUAAUACUGUCAGUUCCGGACCUGGACGAGGAAGAAUUGUGGCUGGUGCUGCUUACUAUAUGUUUCAACUUGUGAUAGCUUGAAAUGUUUGUCUCCACCGUGACAGAGCAACCUACUGAUCAUGCUCGCCUGCAAGUAGUCGCGCUACAAAUCUGGCAACAGUCGUCAAUUGUUUACAACGUCCACGUCUAAUCAGAUAUGUAAAACGUUGACGAGUGCGAUAGCACAUGCACAUCAUUGGCUGCUUCUGUACAUGUGUGGAAGGGAUUUGAAGGCGUCAAGGCAGUCGAUUGUUUAUUUCCAUUUUUUUGAGACAAUCUGUUGCAGUGAGAUAGACUUGGCAAUAUUCUCUGCGAGGCAGCUAGUGCUGGAAAACGCUGGGUAUACACCCUAGAUAGAUAUUCGUCCACUGGAUGUCCAGAUUGGUACAUCUAUCCUAUUUUACUAUAUAGUUAAUAGGACUAACUCACUGACGUGUUGAGUUCGUGACACCGGUAUGGGAGCAUCUCGUAUUCCAGAACAAUUUUAGGCAUUAAAUGUGACAACUAGAAAUUCUUGGAGGUGAGCGUCAAUUGUAAAUUGUAUUGUAAAUUCAGAGAUGCUAUAAAAUCAUCAUGAAUCGAAAUUUAAAUGUUGUAUUCUUGACGUGCUGUUGUGUUUGUGUAUAAUAACAUUUAAUCUGGCUUCUACCUAGUGGAGUCUCUGUGAUGUUUAUAGUCUGGCAUAGAUGUUUUCAGUCGUUUUCUAAACAAAAUGCAGACAAUCAGCAAUAUGUCAUGGUCAAAUGCCUUCGUGCUCUCUCCUAUAACCACUUUUGCUAGAAUAUUUCCUAGUUACCUCACAGGUUUGUUUCUACCAUGUUCUGAUGCCACAGUGUCUUUGUUACCACGUUGCUGAUUAAUUAAGAUUUAAAUUGAUUAAACAAUAUUCCGUUUGUAAUUAUACAUUUUAUUAUUAGUCCAGAUUUGCAAAUUUCUGAAGAUAUUGUUCCGAGUACUCUAAUAAAGUGGCCGCAUUUGAGGCCAAAAGCUAUUUAAUAACAUUUUAAUAAGACAGUAUUGUGGCUAUAUGAUAACAGGUAAUUAAGACAGUUGCAGACAGAAUGUUUUGCAAAUUACUGCCCGAGUAUGUCUUGGUUGCAGUAUCUUGUAAUCUGUAACGUUCUGGCAUGCUGUUGUGAUGCUCUCUGACAGCAUUACUGGAACCUUGAUAAUCCUGUGCAAUGGUUUACGGUUGGAAAAAAUUAACGUGUUGUGUCUGACAAUGCAGUCAUAUACAUAUAAAAUAAAAGACAUAAAAGAA